AUGAUGGACAAGAAGGACAAGAUAAAGGAUAAGGACAAGUUCAAGGAUGGCAAGAGCAAGAAGGAGAGAGAUAAGAAGGCAAAGGAGAUAAGAAAAGAGAUUGACAAGGAGCGUGAUAAGGAGCGUGAUAGAGAGAAGGAACGUGAAAAGUUGGAGAGGAAGGAGGAGAAGUUACAAGAGAAGCAUGAUAAGAGUGACAAGCAUGAUAAGGGUGAUAAGGAUAGUGGCUCAAGUAUAUUCUCAAAGAUGGGCAGUAAGAUGGUCCAAACAAUAUCGAGUAUCUCAACUCCUUUGACAUCUUCUUCGACGACCACGACCGCAUCCGACAAGCCACCUGGCAAUAAUGUUGAGAAUCAUAAGAAGGUGUUGGACUUUUGGCAACAGAAUGUUGCCACGCCUGCCCCCACAUCGGCCACCCCAACAACAGUAUCAUCAUCGACAAUAUCAGUGUCACAGGGCGUUGUUGGAAACAACUCGUCAACAUCAUCAGUUGGCCACUCAUCAUCGCCAAGUGGCCAUGCUGGUGCAUCAUUUGCCACGAAUGGCCAUUCGGCCACGACUUCAGUGUCGCCGGUCAAGCAUGCCACGCCCAGUCCAUCCAACUCCUCGCCUCCAUCCCAUUCAAACAACAACAGCAAACAGCAUGCCAAGGACGACAACAACACAUCAACAACAUCAUCCAAUAUCUCAUCUACUCCAUCCUCAACUUCAUCUUCCACCUCUGCUUCAGCCCAAGCCACAUCAGCCGCGGCGGCAUCAAUCCCAACAUCUGAUGACUCUAAGAAGGUCGUCCAGCAACUGGUACAAUAUACUACAGCCUAUGCCGACAGCAUCAAGGCGAUGCUUGAUAUCUUUUACCAGCCUCUCAAGAAGAAUGAGCAGGUGAUUACACAUGACGAGUUGCGCAGAGUCUUCCUCGAGGUGGACUCCAUCCACAGCAUCGCCAGCUCACUCGUGGACGACCUCCAAAAGUGUCUCCACUCAUCAUCAUCCCUUCAUUCCAAUCUACUAUCUAUCCUAACUCAAUAUAUGGUACACAUGAAGAAAUACAAACAAUAUGCAUUGUUGUACAAUUAUAGUAUCGCUGCACUUUGUUCAUUGUCGUUCAAUAACACUCGCUUCGAUCAUUUUGUAAAGAAUGCUGAGCAGAAGAUGCAGUCGGAGCAUGGAUUCAAACUGGCUCCAAUAGUGGACUUGCCAAACUCUGGUGUGAUGAAGCCUGUAUUGUUGUCCGAGAUAUUUGGUGUCAACUACGAAGUUGCUACGACGCUCAAGGCCGGCCUGUCCAACCUGCGCCGCACCGGACUCAAUGCGUCCAACCCCUCGCGCCACACCACCGACUAUGCCUACUACAGCCUGCCAUCACUGUUGGUGUUACCAGUGCACUGGAUGGCACGAUUCAAUGGCAGUAUCAAACAAUUGGCUGAUACAUUGUCAUCAUCAUCCCAGCAGGGCAAGGCAUCGACAACAUCACCAGAACUCGCACGAUCAUACAUGAAGCUCUACGAUCAGUUUGGCACCAUCAUCAAAGAGGUAGUACUAGACUCGAACAACAUCAACAAGGUCAUAUCGAUAUCCAACUCUAUUAAGUCAACUACAAUAGGUUUGUUUAAUAGCGCGGACUUUGUAAAGGGUCGUAGGUUCUUGAAGGAGGGUAGCCUCACUGAACAGUACAAUAAUCAACGAACUACCUAUCAUACAUUCUUAUUCUCCGACAUUAUACUAUUCACUGAGAAGGUGGAUGACGUCCCACCUCAUUCCAAUAUAAAUCUAAUAGCCUACGAAGGCUGUCUACACCUCCUCAAAAAGAUGGAGAAGGUGUCCAACAUCCAGGUCGAUGAUUCCGAGCUUGGCUUUGAGUAUCGCAAGGGAUUCCAAAUCAAGAAUAGGGAGGUCUCCAUGCUAUAUAUGGCAGCGUCAGAGAAGGACAAGGGAGAGUGGAUGCAAAAGUUCACACAGGCUACAAAGAAGGAGGCUACUUCGGCUUUGACUCAGGGCCAGCAACAACAGCAGCAGGAGGACAGCGAUGAGGAUGAUGGCGCAAAGGACAUUCAAACGAUAAUGAGGUCCAUCUUGAGUGGGCAGCGAUCAAAGUUCGAACUUAGCAAGUCAUUGCUAAAGACCGGCGACAAAGCACAAGUGUUUGCUCAGUUGUCCUCGACAAGCUUCAUCACACAUCUCAGUUUCGCGCCCAACACCAUGAGCGAGAAGUUGAUCAAUCUGUUGGUGGGCUUCCUCGUGGCCAGUCGAUCGAUCACCAAUCUGGACCUGUCUCAAAACUCGCUCACCCCGUCAAUGACCGUGGCCAUUGGUGAUGCGUUGCGCUUCAAUCAAUCAUUGUCGCAACUCGAUCUCAAUGAGUGCCAGAUCAACAACGCCGGCGUGGCCAGCCUCGUGGACGGCAUCAUCUCACAUCCAUCACUGUCCAUCGUCAGUUUGAAUGGCAAUGCGAUCACAUCGGUCACACAUUUGGCACGUCUGGUGCGCCACUCACACACACUGCAGACUCUCAGUCUCGAGGACAAGGCCUUGUCCAUGGCCGCAGUGACCGAGUUGCUGGACGUCUGGCUGGCCAGCCACACGACCCAGCUCUCAUGUCUGAUCUUUGCCGCGAUGCCAGGCGACUAUGAAGAGCGCGCCAAGGUCAAGGCUGCACAGAUCACCGCCCGACAGGACUCAAGAAAACGUCGCGAGUUGAUACAAAAGGCCGCUCCGGCAGCCCACCCCAAGACACUGCUGGACCUCGGACAUUUGAACGUGCCCGAGAUCACACUGUCCUACAUCAACAAGGUGUUGAACGCGCACCUUGACAACAAGAGAUUGAGUGACAUCACCGAGUUGUACCUGGACUCCAACUGCAUCACGACCGUGCCCACCACGUUGUUCAAGGAGCUGGGGCGCCUCCAUGUGCUGGAUCUGUCGUCCAACCAGCUGACUGCGCUACCCAAUGAGAUUGGCGAACUGCGCGAGCUUCGUCGUCUGAACGUUGCGCACAAUGACCUAUCAGUGCUGCCCACGGGCAUCCAGCAGUUGGCCAAACUCGAGCAUCUGGACAUCAGUUUCAAUGUGAUCGAGUCCAUCCCCGACGACACAUUCACGCUUCUCACAGGUCUGCGAACAUUGAUGAUGCAACGAAACUUCUUUAGUCGCCUGCCCUCAGCCAUGUUUGCCAGCCUCAAGUCGCUCCAGGCAGGCUCAUUCUCGAUCAAUGGCGCGCCAUGCUUCCACCCGGUAAAGCAAAAGAUCAUCGAAGCGUGGGCCACGCGUGUCGUGCGUCUCGACCUGUCCGACUCCAACAUCUCAUGUCUUCCACUCGAGAUUGGCAACAUCGCGUCGCUGACUGAUCUCAACAUCAGCCAGAACAGGAUCAAGAGCCUCCCGCCCCAGAUCAGUCGUCUGGCUAGCCUGUCCGUGCUGGACAUCUCGUACAACCAGCUCACAGAGCUCCCGUGGCAGAUGUCGCGUCUGCGUCUCAAGUCGAUGUGUGUGGCGGGCAACCCCUUUGCCACCGAGGCCAAGUACGACGAUGUUCUCGUGGAGGACCAGUUGAUCGCGCUGUUCAGUCGUCUGCGCGGUCAGAUCAUUCGCGACACACCCUGCAUGCGCAUGAAGCUUAUGCUCGUGGGCCAGGAGAAUGUGGGCAAGACAUCGAUCGCCAAGUGUCUCAAGAAGGAUGUGGCGCCCGUGGCCGUCACCCAGAUCCUUCGCAAGGGUCUGGGCCUGGGCCUCAGCUCCAAGAAGAAGCAAGCAUCAUCAGAUGCCGACUCACAGUUUGGAAUCAAUCCACUCAACACGACGAUGAACUUGUCCACUGAUGGCAUUGACAUGGAGGUAUGGCGUCCCAGCGCCUCGUCCCAGGACGACGCCUCAUCGCCACCCGUUACAUUCAACUUGUGGGACUUUGCCGGCCAGGAGGUUUAUUACUCCACGCAUCAAUUCUUCAUCUCGUCGCGCUCCCUCUUUGUUGUCGUUUUCAACAUGGUUACCUUCCUCCAACAGCAGGACGACGCACGUGUAUCAUACUGGCUGCAAUGUAUCGAGGCCUGGGGCGGCGACGCGCAGGUUGUCCUCGUGGGCACGCAUCUCGACGAGUUGACCUCGGGCCAGGAGGAGCGCAUCCAGGCUGAGAUCGACUCAAAGUUCUGUGCGGCCUUCCCCUCGAUCAAGGGCUUCCUGGCCGUCAGCUGCAAGACGUCCAAGAACAUCAACAAGCUCCAGGCGCUGCUGGUCAAGGUCGGACGCGCAGAGAAGAAGCUCGGACAGAGUCAUCCACAGUCAUUCACACAGCUCGAGUCACUCAUUGUCAAUGAACGCGAGAUGAACAACCCUCCCAUCAUCACCAAGCACGAGUUCCUGGCGAUGGCCGAGCAAUGUGGUAUCACGGCCGACCAGGUACCCAAAGCCUCGCACUUCCUCAAGGAGCUGGGCAUCAUCGUGUACUUUGAUGACGACAAGUCGGGCCUGGACGCGUUCGUUUUUAUCGACCCGCCCUGGCUCACGCGUCUCCUGGCCACGCUGAUCACAAGCAAGCCAAACUUUGUCCAGGCCGGUGUGCUGGAGCAAUCCAACUUGCAUCAGAUCUGGAAGGCACCAGACUUCCCACACCAUCUCCAUCAUGUGCUCUUGGCCAUACUCCAGCGCUUUGAGAUCGUGCAUCCGCUGCCCGAUCCCAAGUUCAUCAACACCACGCCCAUCCCGAGCAAGAGCUCUGCGCAGCGUGUUGGCGGACCAAUCACCACUGGUGCGUCCACUGGCGGCAUUUCAAAGUUGCGCUCAACUUUCUCCAGUCCAUCUCCAGUGUCGGCCUCGGCGCCAGUCACGCCUAGCCCCUCGCCAUCCGGGUCAAAGGCCAGCCUCAGUUCAUUCAACAGGUCACCAACAUCAUCGUUCAAGGGCAUUCCUUCGUCCUCCACCGGUGGCGCCAUUGGCCUGCCCGCAUCCUCGCCAUCACAUCAGACGACACUCAUUGCCAAGGUUGGCGCCAAACAUCUGGUCCCCGUCCUACUUAGCGAGGAGCGUCCAAGCGCACUAGAGCGCACAAUGGAUGAGUUGAAACGCGAGUCCACAGUGCUGGAGCGUGUGUACCAGUUCGAGUUCUUCCCCGUGGGUAUGUUCUCCAAGUUGAUGAUCCGUAUCAUGCACUUCACCACAGUGAAGGAGUUCUGGAAACAUGGUCUGUUGGUUGAACGUGAGCAAGCCACAUCGCUGAUCGAGGCGCAUGCCAAUCAAGUGUCCAUUCGCGCAUGGGGCAAGUCAGCCGCCACCAUACUUCGAUUCAUAAUGGAGACAGCCGAGGUGCUGCUCGACGGAUGGUACAAGCUCAGCUAUCAGUUGCUCGUUGUGUGUAGCUGCAGCAACUGUCGUAGCGUCAAUGGUAUGGCCGCCGGACUGCCAUCCCGUGCACACGGCUCGUCCAACAACAGCUCAUCCGAGUCACUGGGCGAGCUGAUCCAGCCCCAGCUCCAACAACAGCUCACUCAUCAACUAUCACAGACCAACUUGAAUAGUAGCCGCGAGGGCCUGUCCACCAGCCCGCUGUCCACCUCAUUCGACUCGGAGGCCGAUGGCGAGGACAUUGAAGCCGACUCGAUCUCACCUGGCGGCACACUCAAGCCCAACAAGCGAUACAAGAAGAAUGGCACGCCCAAGUUCCUGUCGCUCUACAACAAGAACAAGAUGUCCAAGCAUACCAAAUCCUUUGUUGGCGGUGGCAGCCCAUCAAUGUCGUCGGCCGCAGCCAACCGACCAAACGACCUGCGAACGAUGUAUCCCUACGACGACUGCCAGCGAGCGAUCAUUGGCAAGCGCACCGAGGUGUUGUGUCGAUCGCCCAUUACUGGCGAGGAGAAGAUGGUUAAGCUCGAGACCUUGGUGCCUGAGCUGCUACUCACGGAUCUGGGCGCCAACUUCACCAUCCAGUACAAAGAGCUGGAGAUCAUUGAGAAGAUUGGCGAGGGUGGCUUUGGAACGGUGUUCAAGGGCCGUCUACGCGGCCAGCUCGUGGCCAUCAAACAGCUGGUGCUCGAGGGUGGCGAGAAUGUAGAGAACGUGUUCCGCGAGUUCACUCGCGAGGUUUGGCUUUCAAACACACUCAAUCAAAAGUCGAUCGUCACUCUCAAGGCCUGCUGUCUGGAUCCAUGCUGUCUCGUGAUGGAGUACAUACCCAAUGGCAACCUGCAUGACUUCUUGCGCAAGCAGCCACAGGCCGUAUGGUCUAUCCGCAUCAAGAUCGCGCUCAAUAUUGCUGGCGCCAUCCAAUAUCUCCACGAGUUCACGCCAAAGAUCUGUCAUCGCGACCUCAAGUCACCAAACAUCUUGAUGCUGGGCGAUCUGUCAGACCGCGCGGAUGUUGUAUGCAAGGUAUCGGACUUUGGUGAGUCGCGUGCUGUGGUCACCUCAGCACUCGGUCGCGACAAGUUGUCCAACCCGAUCUGGCUGGCUCCAGAGAUCAUGCGUGGCCAAGAGUACACAGAGAAGGCAGACGUCUACAGCUUUGGCAUUAUCCUCUGGGAGAUACUCACUGGUAUGCUGCCAUUCGAUGAGUAUCCAGUGGCCCGAUCCCAGUUCAUUUCCCAGCUUGAGGAUGCAAUUUGUGAGGGCAUGCGUCCGACCAUCCCAGCCGCUGCCCCUGCCGCAUUCGCAUCACUCAUCCAAGACUGCUGGCACAAGGAGCCACAAUCAAGACCAACCUUUGCCCAGAUAUCACAGCGUCUAAUGGCCAUCAAGGAGCAGAAUCUCAAGUAUGUUGUUCCUAUCCCAUCAUCGUCAACCCCUGCUGCCUCUAGUCCUUUUGCCGCCGCACCAACACCCGCUGCGGCUGCCGCGCCAUCCAAUCCAGCCCCAAGGCCAAUCAUGCAAAGACCAUCAUCCCCUGCACCAGGCCAACAGGCCCCAAUCAGUGUUGCUCCAAGACCAAUGAUGCAGAGACCUGCAUCACCAGCACCAGGCGCACAAUCACCAAUCAGUGUUGCCCCAAGACCAAUGAUGCAGAGGCCGGCGUCCCCAGCACCAGGAGCAACAGCACCUCUCAGCGCAGUUCCACAAUCGAUUCGCAAACCAAUCGAACGAUCAUCAUCAUCACCUGUGAUUGUUAAUUCGCCAAUGGCACCAUCUGGAGUGUCUGGUCUCGCAGCUGGCAGUGUUGCCACACUACCACCCAUGACACCAACAACUGGCUCGACUGCCAAGCCUCCCAUGACACCACCAUCAAAGCCACUUCCAGCCAAGCCUCCAUUGAAGCCAGCAUUGAGCUUCACCAAGCCACUGCCAUUGAUCAGACCAGACACCAGUACAUCAUCAGCGCCAUCACCAUCCUCUGUGACGCCACCCAAGACACCAGUCACAUUAUCACCAGUUAGCGGAUCAUCAUCUCAGGCAUCUUCACCAAGUGGCGGAUCACCUAGUAUGCCACCAACAGUUCCAAUCAAACCUCCACAUCUCAAGUCACCAAGUAUUCUAAAGUUGUCCGCUCCAAGUGAUAACACUGUAUCAUCAACAUCUUCAGCAUCAUCUGUCACACCUAUAUCGAACCAAACAACUGGGACACUACCACCUCGACCAUCAUUACUCCCUCCAAAGCCCUUACCAAGCACACUUAAAUCUAUGCCAGUCUCCUCCUCCACCUCCUCGAGCUCUUCAACAACACCCAACUUCCUCAGACCUACUGGUCAUAAAUAA